AUGAACUGCUUGGUGUUAGUUAUUAAUCGAUUACUAGAUCUCUGGAGUAAAAACGUUAUGCAAUUGCUGUUCAAAGGGAAUCGUACAUUCAUUGUUCUCUUGGUUCCUCUUUUCUAUUUUCUCUAUUUCACGCUAUUUACACCUCCUGUUAUUUUCAAUUCGGAUCGCAUGGCAUGGUUUUUUGCUACGUUCGCUGAUGGUCACGAUAUCAAUAAGUUCUUCAAUUACCCUCACACUGCCAAUAACCUACUUAUCGUGCUUCUCACCUGUCUAUUGUAUGUGCAGUACUCUCGAGUUUUAUUCCGUCACUCAAAGGGAAGUACUGGCCUCACAUGGGCACAGAAAUCAUUUUUCUUGCAAACGUCAUCAAUCUGCAUAUCAAAUCUUAUUGCGGCACUGAUCUAUGUAUACAUGAACUUCUUCCCAACACCGGCGUAUUUCGUGGUGAUAGGACAUAUUUGUUGGCAACUGGGACAUGGUACGGUAACUAUUUUGUAUGAAAAUUAG